AAUGUGACUAAUUGUGCUUGUUUUUCCCUUUUCUGUUCCUUUUCCAUAGGUCUAGGAUUCAGUAUUGCAGGAGGUGUAGGCAACCAGCACAUUCCUGGAGACAACAGCAUUUAUGUAACAAAAAUUAUAGAUGGUGGAGCUGCACAAAAAGAUGGAAGGUUGCAAGUAGGAGACAGACUGCUAAUGGUAAACAACUACAGUUUAGAAGAAGUAACACAUGAAGAGGCAGUAGCAAUAUUGAAGAACACGUCUGAUGUAGUUUAUCUAAAAGUUGGCAAACCCACUACCAUUUAUAUGACUGAUCCUUAUGGUCCACCCGAUAUCACUCACUCUUAUUCUCCACCAAUGGAAAACCAUCUACUCUCUGGCAACAAUGGCACUUUAGAAUACAAAACCUCCCUGCCGCCUAUCUCUCCGGGAAGGUACUCGCCAAUUCCAAAGCACAGGCUUGUUGAAGAUGACUACACCAGGCCUCCGGAACCUGUUUACAGCACUGUGAACAAACUGUGUGAUAAGCCUGCUUCUCCCAGGCACUAUUCCCCUGUUGAGUGUCACAAAAGCUUCCUUCUCUCAGCUCCCUACCCUCACUACCACCUAGGCCUGCUCCCUGACUCUGAGAUGACCAGGUAAUUUCACA